UACUGGAAGAAGAACCAGUUCCUCAGUGCAGAUAUGAAUAUCCUACAACACCUGCACUGAACAAAAACACACUGCUGGCUGAGAUCCUUGAGAAUGUGAGCAACCCUACGUUCCAGGGUUCUUUUCCUGCUCCAGGGGAAGUUGAGUGUGACUUCUGCCCUUGUAAGAAGCUGCGAGCGGUGAAAUCAUGCCUGCAGUGUCAAGCGUCAUACUGCGAAAUGCAUCUCCAGCCUCACUACAACAUUCCUGCUCUUAAGAAACACAAGUUAGUCUUCGCCACCAAGAUACUCACGUGUUCGAGACACGAUAAAGUGCUGGAGGCUUUCUGUCGCACAGAUAACGUGUGCAUCUGUAUGAGCUGCGUGAUAGACAAUCACAAAGGCCAUGACACGGUUACAUCUACUGAAGAAAGAGAGGAUAAACAAGUCAUACUGCAGGCCAAUAAACAGAAAUUUCUGGAGAAACGGCAAGAAAAAGCGAAAGAGCUUGACGAGCUGAUGAAAGCCACCGAGGCUCAUGCACAGGCCACACAGCAGUCAGUGGACAAGACAGAGCAAGCCUUCAGCUCGCUAAUCAGUUCCCUUGAGAAAAGCUACUCUGAGCUGAUCGUGAAUAUCCGGGUUCAGGAGACGAUCUACAAGGAUCAAACUGCGGUUCUUCAGGAACAGCUGGAGCUGGAAAUCGCCACGCUGAUGGGACAGGAAGAUGUCAUAGACAAGCUUUUACAGACGGAGGAUAAUGUCUACUUCCUCCAGAAUUUUGCGAGCAUGCCCAAUCCCUCUAUAGCUGAAGAGUUCCCCUGUCACAGUUUAGAGCUACUCGAGUCUUUCAGUGAUGUGAGCGACAUGAUUUCUGAGUUUAAAGAAAAACUGGAGGUUUUCUGCACACAGGAACUGGACAAAAUUUUUGAAAAACAUACAGGCCAUAUCAAGGUUGGUGACAGUGUUCGAGUGAAACCAUCUGUGAAAACACCGAAAUUUAACUGGGGCUGCACUGUCACACACAAGAGUGUAGGCGUAGUCAAAUCUGUGAAUGAAGAAACUCUGAUCGUCGAUUUCCAAGACCAUAAAAACUGGAAAGGACUCCUCUCUGAAAUGGAGCGCGUAACUAUAGCUAAUGAGCUAAUUUCAGCUGAGCAGAGGAGCAUUAAUGUUGGAGAUCGAGUCCGAGUGAAGCCGUCUGUUAACAAUCCCAAACAGGGUUGGGGAAGAGUGACUCACCAAAGUGUGGGCGUGGUCAAGAGUCUUGCUGGAGAUGAAAUAACUGUGGACUUCCCGGAACAUUGUGACUGGAUGGGUGGCGUCACCGAGAUAGAAAUCGCUCCUUAAAUCUGUAUAAGUUGUAAUUAUUGAGAUCUUCGAAUUUUAUAUAACUGUCUGUCUUGACAAAAUGCAUGUGGCGGUCUAGAAAACAGCGAAAAUUACAUAAUGGAUAUAUAAAUAUAUUGGACACAGAAGUAAGGGAUUAGAGAAUAAAAUGAUUUAUUUUCUCUUUUCAGAAAUAGAUUAAGCAGUUCACUCUGCAGCAGUUUCGAAUGAUUUUGUUUGCUUUGUUGAUGACAUUCAAUGAAAAUGUUCUUUUUUUUUCCUGUAACAUUUCUUAUAUUUCAUGGAAAUGUUGUGUUGUUGUUUUAACCUUGACGUCCUCCUGCAAAGAUCAUGUUCAGUGUGAAGGAAAUGAAAAAGACAAUAAUAAGUUGAAGAUUUCAGUAAAGGAUCGUUUUAUUUCAGUGCAGCCAUGACAGAUGAUCCAAACAAAAUAUUGAUAUGAAGUACAGCCACAGAACAGAGGUGAGUGAAUGAAUCAGAGAUUGAUUAGUGUGAACAGAGAUCGGUGGAGUGAAGAGACAAAAACAAAGCUGGUGUUUUAUCUCUGAGUGACGUUUACCUCAGGAGUUCAGACAGAUUGAUGAGGAUGAUGCCGAUGAAUAACGUGAGAACUCAUUUCCUGUUGUAUAUUUCUUAAAAUUGUCAUCUGUCUGGCCUCUAGAGAGUGCAGAAAGCGUCAGAUUGUUGAUGUGAACAGUUUUCCUAGGCUGACACACACACACUUGUGUCUUUACAAGACAAUAAUACUGAACAGUAUUCCUUAUUUAGUAAAGACUAAAUGAAAUGUUUGAAAGUGGAUGAAAAUAUAAAUCUGUACUGUGAAAUGUUUUAUUUGUUUUAGUUCAUCUUUGACAGGAUUACAUAACACCAUGAGGCAUGAUUUGAAGGUAUUUUACUAUUAUUAAAGGAAUUUUUGAAAAAGAUUUUAACAAUGAAUAAAACUAGUAAGAAUAAAACUAGUAGCUUCUUUUCUUCAUGUAACUUCUAAACAGCAGAUUGUGUGAUAUUUUGUUCUGUCACUGGAUGUAAAUCCUCUCCUGUGAUGGAAAGUGGUAUUUGGCUAGGAUACGUUCAGUAAAGUUUGGCUUUUAAACAUCUCUACUGUUUACCUGUAAAUUUUCCUUUACUGAAUUCUGUUGCCUUUUUUGUAAAUUCAGGUGACUUUUUUGUUAAGCAGCGGAUGUGACAGUGGGAAGGGAAACUAACAGUCAUCACUGUAUUCUAUCUUCUGCUACAUACACUCUGAAUGAAUCACAGCUAACUUCAGCAUGCAGCUAGUUUCAGUUUCAACCUCAAAUGUUUGUGUGCAUAAGGAUGGAGGAUGUGAUUAUACAAACACCCAAACACAAACAACCCCCCCCACCCCCCCAAAUGGAUUGUUGGUAAAAGAAGGAAAUGGUGCACCACUUGUGCUGUCUCCUAGAGUGGUCUAAACAUGGGCUCUGAUCUCAUUUCCUCUUUAAAUACAGCUUCAGCUAAAUAUAUAACACAGGUGUUGAACAGAAUUACAGAGCAAGAAUAAUAACAUCAGACAGUUAGAGCGACAUAGACAACAAUUAAAACACAAUUUGAUCAAGUUUAAGAUUUUGAUUUUAAAACCUUGCACCAUAUUGUAAGGAUAAUAACCGUAACACAGAGAACUCCGAUUCUUGAAAUGGAGAGCCAGAAGAACACACGCAUGUUAGCAGUACAGCUCUCACCUACA